GUUCGAAACUCAAAUCCCAACCACCCACCACCCCCGAAGCGCCAGUUCUGAGUGAUGAUGACGCGAGUCCCUAGGAAUUGCCGCGAGUCCCUAGGAAUUGCCGCGAGUCCCUAGGAAUUGCCGCGAGUCCCUAGGAAUUGCCGAGUUGCAGCGCGUUGAACGCAAGGCUUGCGUUCGCAGGGUAAAGUUUCUUUUCCCAAUGCUCGACAAUCCCUAGGCGUCAUAUUGGGGUCGACGCCGCGGCGGCGAAAAUAGGCAGCUGCGGACCUGGCAACAUAUCCAUCGGAUAUUAUGGAACAUCUAGCCGAGUUUCGAGAAAGCGUUAUAAUGAGUAACGGAACUGCGUAUACUCGUUAUAGUAGCGGAUCCAAAGGAGGAGGGACUAAAUCGGGCUCGAACGCCGGGUUUAAAAGCAUCGGGAUUUUCAUGCAAUACCUGCUGUCGCUGCUAUCGGGAAAGCAGGCCCUGCCACCGGCGCCGCCGCCCACGCCGCGGCUCGUUCUGCUGGCGAAUAACUCCUUCGACGCGAAAUGCCUCGACGGGAGCCCCCCAGGGUACUAUUUCCGCCCGGGCACGGGGGCCGGCAAGAGCAUGUGGCACAUCUACCUGCCGGGAGGGGCGUGGUGCACCUCUGCUGCCGACUGUGUCGCGAGGAGCAAGACAUGGCUUGGCAGCAGCACGUUCUACCCGGACGACCCGAACAGUGAGGUCAUCCGCCCCCCCUUCACCGGCAUGCUCAGCAGCAACAGCAGCAUCAACCCGCCCUUCCACAGCUGGAACCUCGUCCGCCUCAUCUACUGCGACGGCGGGGGAUUCGCAGGGGCAACGGGGAGGCUGAACGUGGGCGGUGGCACGGUGCUGUAUUUGGAUGGGUGGAGAAUCAUGCGGGCUAUCUUGGAGGAUCUGAAAUCGAAUCGCGGGAUCAAAUCUGCAGCGCAGAUCCUCCUCUCGGGCAGCUCAGCGGGCGGCCAGGCAGUUGUCGCUCUCUGCGAUCGCAUCGCCGGUGCCCUCCCCUGGGCGGCCACCAAGUGCAUUUCCGACUCGGGCUUCUUCAUAGACUCCAAGGACCGCUGGGGGGGUUUCACGUGGCGUGGCGUGGCCAAGAGCGUGGUUGACUUGCACCGGCCAAAGUGGACAUGCAUGGAGGGUCUUCCAGAGAGUGACCAGUGGAAAUGCUUCUUUCCUCAAUACACCCUUUCAAGCAUCACGUCGCCGAUAUUCAUCGUCCACACUCUCUUCGAUUCAGUAGCGUCUCGAAUCGGCGGCUUGCUACCUUGGAACAACACCUAUGCUUUCGAGUGCUUGCGCGAGGUUGCGUGGACGAGCAAGAACGUUACUGGGGUGGUCCAAAGGAAAGAAUGGAGCAAGAUUACAUGGAGGACGAAUUUCUGCACUCCUAUGGAGAGAAGUGCCCUCUUUACAACUGCUUCGAUACUAUUUGAGGAGCUAGAAAGGGCAAUUGGAAGUGUGGGUGCUGUUACUGCAUUUGCUCCGACUGCAGUGGGACAUGGGGCGUUAUUUAUGAAUACAUGGACAGGGCCAUGGGUCCAGGGGGUGUCACUAGAAAUGGCGAUUGUGCAGUGGUUUGCUGAUGACUUAUCUGUCAGAUUUAUACACAUGUAAAUGAGCAUUGGU